AUGUCUUCAGAAGAAAAUCUAACCGAAGUCACAUCUUCAUUAAUCGAAAUGAAAGUAAAUGCUUAUGUUUAUGAAAAGGAAAGUGAAGAUGUUUUAGAGGAAAAGUCUAAGGUUAAAAUGAUAAGGUUAACAAAGGUAAUUUUACAAAGAAUGUAUCAAUAUAAAGCUCCAGGCAGACACGGACAUCUUCCAAAAAAGAAAAGGCCAAGGAAGUGGUGCAAACACGAUCAAAGAAAUAAUAGUAAAAAAAAAGCAGUUAUUGAACAACCAAAAGUGUAUCUGACUGUUAAGGGAAAGAAAUUAGUUUUGAAGAAGGUCAAAACCGUGGAGUUUGAGAAUUGUCAAGUUAGUGUUGAUAGUAAAUCUAUUCAUGAGAUAUUAGGAUUACCAUCUGGUGAUUCAUUACUUUCAAACAUGGAUUACAUUUCCGAGAAUGAUGAAGAGAGAUGUAUGCUAGACUGGAAGAGAUAA